CCUAUUUUUUAAUUAAACGGUGGAGAUUGAAUGCGAGUGGAUGUCUACCACCAACUUCAUCAGGACUCAAUCCAGAAAAACGACAAAAAUCUCUGCGUGUUUUGUGUUUUGGGCAGAUCGAGGAGAAGAAGAAGAAAAAGAAGAGAACGCGCUUUUUCAUGCCGCUUCGCUGAGGAUUCUUCUAUGGAUUCACAGCCUCAGCCUUCUGGUAAUACUCCUCCCCCAAAACCCUGGGAGCGGGCCGGUGGCUCAACUGGCCCUGCACCAUUCAAACCCCCGUCAGGUGGAAGCACAACUGAUGUAGUUGAGGCUUCGGGAACUGCAAAACCAGGAGAAAUCGUAUCAACUUCUGAUAGGAAUACAGCUGUUAACAGAAAUGCUCUAAGUAGGCCUGUUCCUACAAGGCCUUGGGAGCAGAACUACGGGACUGCUAACAGCUACGGAGGUUAUAAUUCAACGAUGAACUAUGGUUCUGGCUAUGGUUCUGGCACGUAUGGUUCUGGCACAUAUGGUUCUGGCACGUAUGGUUCAUAUGGUGGGGUUGGAGGAGGAUUGUAUGGUGGGGGUUUGUAUGGAAGCAACAUGUACAGAGGAGGAUAUGGGGGACUCCAAGGAUCGUCCGGAUUAUAUGGAGGCGGAAUGUACAAUAGUGGUUUUGGAGGUCCAAUGGGUGGUUAUGGGAUGGGCAUGGGCGGUCCUUAUGGUGAUCAAGAUCCAAAUAAUCCAUAUGGAGCUCCUCCAUCCCCACCAGGAUUUUGGAUUUCAGUACUUCGAGUGAUGCAGGGCGUGGUGAACUUUUUUGGUCGCAUUUCGAUUCUCAUUGAUCAAAACACACAAGCGUUUCAUUUGUUCAUGACUGCACUUCUCCAGCUUUUUGAACGCUCUGGUCUAUUAUAUGGAGAACUUGCUAGAUUUGUGUUGAGGAUUCUAGGGGUCAGAACAAAACCCAAGAAGGUUCGCCCACCAGGUCCUGAUGGACUUCCACUACCUGGACCCAAUAACCAGAACUACAUCGAAGGACCUAAGGCUGCUGCCCCUACUGGUUCUUGGGACAAUGUUUGGGGAAAUGGUGCUCCGAAUUAAUUUUGACGAUAAUCAACGGAAAACAACACCAUCGCCUAUUGCCUGCUUUGGGGAACCUGCUGCAGUUCAGAUCAACGGAAAAAUGAAGGCUCUCAGCCUCCCAUAAUGUCAGGGUCUGUUAAUGAGUGACCAUAUGCGAAGUUGUUUCGUAAUAUCAGUAUACUAGAAUUGCUUGUUGUUGGUUAAACACACCAAUGAAAACGAAAUACAAUGAUAAUAAGAUCGUAAUCAAGCAUUGUGAAAUUGCAUACAACUUUGUGUUGAAAGCUUGUGUUGUAUGAAUAUUGGAUUAGUAAAUUUAUUACAUUUUGCUAUUUAUGAUGUUUGUUUUUAUUUA